AUGGAGUCGGCCGAUCAGAGUGAAAUCAGCGAUACCUCUCACGAGAGAUCCUUGCAAGCAUGGUCGGACUUGAGACGCCACCAAAUCCUCCUCGAUGCCGACGAGUUUGUCACCAAAUAUGACCUGGACGACCUGCGCAGCGAGAUCCGCACCGGCGCCCUCCUGCUCGAGGACCCGGACCAUGUCGAGGGUCUGACAGAUGCGGAUGUCGCUGCACUCGCACAGGAGAAACGGCCUACACCUAUUUUCUCCAAUGAACUUAUCAAGGAAUUUCCAUAUGUCUGUUCUGCAGGGGGCGUUCUCUGGGGCUUUACGGAAGCACUACUAUUGCAGUCUACCCCAGGCCAAGCUCUUCGGGGUGAUAUGUUCCAAACGCCACUGAUGUUGCUUGAUAUGCUGGUGAAAGUCGAUCCAACUUAUUGGUUCUGUCGCAUUCUUGGGUACUGGUGCGCCGUUCCAUUGCUCCGAUACUUUGGACGCCGCGGUGCUGUAUAUGGAGCCGUGGGCUUGAGACUUGCAGGCGUUCUUUAUGCCUUGAUAUCCCCGACAUUUUCCACAAACGCGGUCUCCGGCGCAUUCUAUGCAAUGGCCAACGGGAUCUUCCUGUGUAUCAUGCCCAUGUACCUUGCAGAGACAAGUCCGAUUCCAGCCCGCGGCAGCAUCCUGCUUACCUGGCAACUGACUCGAGGCCUCGGGAUAUUUUAUGGGUUUUGGAUUUUCGCAAUCGGCUCCCCAACUCCUCUAUACCUCUUGGCAGCAUUCCUGCUGUUGGGCAUCGGGGUGUGCUUCUGGAUGUCUCCAGAGUCGCCAUACUGGCACUUCUACCGUGGAGAUAUGCGUCAAGCUUACAAAAUGCUACUCAAGCAUCGACAAACCGCCGCGCAAGCCAGCCGCGAUCUAUACAGGAUGUACUCAUUCAGAGCGGGUGACAGGCGGAUAUCCAGCAGCGCACGCAGAACAAAACGACAUCUCCUGCAGGCGUUAACAAUCACAGUCAUCCUCGUACUUUCUUGGACAAUCCCUGCAAUAUCAGGAAACUUGGUCCUCCUCUCGCUUUCCAACAUGACGCUGUCCAAUUAUGGUUAUUCCACUGGAGCCUUCGUGGUGCUCUCGAUAGUUCUUUUUGGCAUGAUGAUUACUCUUGUGGAGCGCAUUGGACGACGGCGUUUAGUGCUAACAUGCAUGGGGAUUAUGGCCUUUACCCUCGGCGUCAAUAUGUUGACUGCCCGUGCAUAUCUCUGGGGGUUCAGUCGUUGGGACCUGGCGAUUCCCCAAUCCAUCAUGUUGCCAUACGGCGCUCUAUCCAUACUCAUUGAUCUAUAUGCAGCUGAAGUUGCGUGCUCAUUUGGCCAUGAUGCCAUAAUGGCAGCCAUUAUGACCAUUUGCGGCCUUAGGGAUCUGUCCGCUUUAUACCUGGCUACCAUGAUUGCUGAAAUGAAGGGCUAUUGGGCGAGCUGGAGCUUCUUAGCAGCGGCUCCAUUGUUAUUGUUCCUCGCUGUACACCUCAUUUUCAUAUUCCUCGUCUGCGUCCUCUUGAUAGAGACCAAGGGACGCUCUUUAGAGGAGAUCCGCGCUGCAUUUGGCUUUCCAAUUGCCAAUCGUGUCGCCUACCGUGUUCGCCUCUACGCUUCGUAUGUCACAAAGAGGGCUUCUGUGUCGCGCCGGGAGGAGCUGGAGCCAUUCGAGGAGUCUGAAUACGGGGAUGGCUUGAUCCGGUUGCAAGAAGGAAACAUCGGUUAA